CAAUAAUGUUCUCCGUAACAAACGCCAGAGAUUGUACAUCAUGAUGAUAAUAACUUAAUAUUUUAUCGUUGUUUCAGAGUUAAUUUAAUUACUUUAUACAAGAAUGUCAACGAAAUAUUGCCUUCGAAUGUACGUCAAAACCCUAAACUCCCACAGUUACUUUUAUGGUACGAAGUUAUCAAGAUGCUGCUUCGUUAACAAGAACUAAAAGCUUUACCAUGAAACCGAUAAACUUUCUGAAAUACAUCGUCUCGUCUCCCAGAUUCCCAGUGAUUGUUUAAAGUAAAAUUUUUUUCAAGCUCAGAUAUUGAAUACGAAGAUGCAUUUUGUUUAUAUAUUCGCAACAAACUGGUUAGAUUCCAACCUCCUCAAUUCACAAGACGGAAGUUCAGUAUUAGCACAUCUGCCGAUUAUGACAGAAGAUCUUUGCGGCAGACGAUAAAAUCAUGACGUGGGGAGUUGGUUUGUUGACAAUCACUGUUUUUGACGUAUGAUUGUUGUUAGUAAGGUUUUGCCUGGAGAUGAACGAAGAACAGUUAUUAGAAGAUGGACCAAAUGUUGAUUUUCGAGGUGUAACGCUGCAGAUACAGCACGAUGCUGACCAAAGUAGAAGUCCAAGUAGUCAGGGAGACAGUGAUUCAGUUGCAAAACUGUCACUGUCUCCUGACGCUGGAAACGAGCAAAACAGGGCUAAUAAAGAAAGUGGUGAUCUAAAGCCAGCCAUUUCAAGCGGCACAGAUGUUAUAUCGCCAAUAACGUCAAUCCCAAGGAAAAUUUCAGAACAUUUGAAGAAAUCUCAUUCAAAAGAAGGUUCUGCUGUGCAAAGUGAUGCAAUUUGCCAGAAUAGUGCUCUGGAACAUGAUAAUGCCAAAGAUUAUUUUACAUAUAGGGAUGGCAUAGUAGAAAAUGCAGUAAAGGAGUGUGUUGAAAAAAUACUAGUUCCAGAAAAAGAUGGAGAAUUUAUUGGAUCUUGGCUUAUGACAGAGAUAAGUUUUUGGGAUAAUGAGAAAGAGAGACUAGUUCUUCUUUCAAGUGCUACAUUAACCACUGUAAAAUAUGACUUUAUCGCCCUGAAACAGCUUGAAUACCGCAAAGUUCCUCUAGACCUUCUUGAUACUCUGGUCAUCGGUGAUCUUAUCUAUCCACCAGGAUCUCUUGUUCCGAGGCUGAAUGGUCUUGCAACGGGGGUUGUCACAGUCGUGAAGGGCUGUCUGCUGCGACCUCUGCAGGAACGCUGGUCACAUACAGCAUCUGCAGAGUUCUGUGCUAAUCCAUUUGACAUCCGUAAUUUUGAGCCCAGGUCACGCAAUGUACGUGGAUUACGUGCAAUGUGGAAUCGAGGGGAACCAUUAACAUUUACCAAGAGAUGGAAUCCAUUUAAUAGUGAUAUUCCUUUUACAACAUAUACAUCUCACCCACUUCUGUGGCACAAGGAUGGUGAUAGCAAUAAAAUUUAUGAUGUUGAAGACUUUGCCCGUAAACUUGUGGAUGCUGUGGAGCACAUACAGAAGGAGGCUGAUGGUCCAGUAUGCAGAGUAGAACACAAGUCUAUCGUGCUCCAGAAUUAUGUUGGCCUGGGUUCUGUAAUACACAACAAAAAUUCUUUGGGAUUCUUUAAAGUACAAGUCUCCAGUCCUGCUACACAUUGAAAUCCUCAUGCUACAAUACUGUAUCAUGCCACAGUGCUGUAGCAUACCACAAUAGUUGGAGUCAAGCAUGAUUGUGGUCAUGUCAGGCUUGUUUUGCGUACAUAUGCUGUGUCACAUCACUAUUUCAGAGUCUGCUGAAAAAAAUAUAUGUUGAAGUUCCACAUGAUGCAUCUCCAAAACUACAGUAUUUUCAUUUUCUGGUGAUUUGUUAAAAUGCUACAGACCUCUCUAAAUGAGAGUGUUUGUGAAGAUGUCGUAACAAAAGGGGAAAUUGAAAAACUCUGAUUAAGAAACCAAAAGUGACAGAGAUCUGAAUUUAUUUUCAGUAAAUACUUUGUUCCCAAUACUAUGAGGCAUGAUUGAUACAUACAUACUUCUGAGCUUUUUUUAUUUUAAUUUUUUGGGAAGAAUAGACUUUUUGUGAAUUUCAAAAUUAUGUUUUGAAAAUAUGAAUAGUGACAGGAUGUUAACUUUCUUGACAAAUGAUAAAAUGGAAGGACUGUUAACUGUCAGCUAUGUUAUAAAUGCAUUAAAUUCUUAAACUGUCAAAGUACAUAAAGAUGAAAAAAUCAAAA